GGAUCUCGACCUAUUGGUACGGACGGGAGCGAUCACUGGCACAGGGAGAGUGUUGCCUGGCAAUAUAAAUUUAGGUAUGAGGUCAAAGCUCUACGUUAUUGUAUUGAUGUAACGUGAUGGUCUGUGUUUUGUCUGAUGGUAAAUUAAAUAAUGUGCAGCAUCUCGAGAUAUUGUAUCAGAUGUUACUGGUAGGCUAUAGUAUUUCCUGCCAGAAGAUAUGUACAAGUAGUUGGGUUUUAGGGAGGCUACGGUAUCAGUGAAAAUGUUUAACAGUGCACCGUGGAUGAAAGAUUCCCUGAACAAGUCCCGGUUACGGACCGACCUUAUUGUUCAUCUUUCCUUGGGUCUGCUGAUGAUAGUGAGAAUCCUGCCCGGACUGACCUCAUUCCUCGGUGUCGGACCAGUAUCCACGCUAAGAAAAUGGAGCUUUCCACCGCCGCGACCUUGGGAGUAUGCGUGGGUCGUGUGCCUGAUGGCGGUGAUGGUAGGGUGGCGUUCCAUGGCCAGGAAUGAAAUCAGACUUCUGAAGCAGUAUGUUGUGGGAUCUGUAAUUUUCGGUAUUCUUCCCGUGGUCUAUGGGUUCGUUGAACAAAGUGAUGACUUAUACGCAUAUUUAAAUGAAAAAAGAUUCCAAGGACAGUUUUUUGGAUACCCGGCAGUUCUCGUGUUCUACCUAUUUCUUUUCAUAGCCAUUCAGGUUCAUGCAUUUGGUGUGUACUUUUCAUAUCAACUUCUGAAGUCAUGGAAACCCCGGGAAAAGAAGACGCAAUGAUUUAGCCACCGUAUGUUCCCGCGUUUGUCUACAUAUCCAUGUUGUUCGAGUGGUUUGACUCCGAGUGCAUGUGUACUGUGCUGUACAUGAUAGUAGCUUAAAUACUGCAUGAUUUGUAGACUUUCCAUGUUCAUGUUUUAUAAAAGUAUUUGUAUUCAUUCAUUCAUGAUGAUGGGCAAGUACCCUGUUUUCAUUACAUGUAAAUAUGUGGAUGAUCUUCUAACAGCGAUUUCUUUUUUCAUUACGUGUUUUGUCCUUGGCGGCAUUCAAUAUACAGUGUACCAAUACAGGUACCUAAAUGAAACCAUUGUACUCGAUCUAGUCAGAUACUAGGUUGCCUUUUGAAGUCUGGUAAUCAAAUUAUGUGUACUUAUGCAAGUAAAUUGUGGACUAAACCGAGUUUGCUCCUCUAGUUUAAGAAUAGGAUGUCAAGUUAGACUUGAUUAUGUAUGCCCAGGACUUGAAGACAAAUGUUAAAGAAACAUUAAGGAUUUGAUAACUGGCUCCGAGAACUUUUUGCAUUUUGAGAAAAGUGAUAGACAAUAUAUGUUGUGUUUAUAAAUCUUGUCUAAAACUUUUGACAUUUUACAUGUGUUUGAAAUUUUUCUGUCAAUUUCCAUUCCAGCUUUCAAUUAGCUAUCAGCUGUUUACCGGUAAUAGCGUGGAGGUAUUUUAUGUAUUUGAUUAUGUUUGAAGUCAUUGAUUUAAAUGAUCUUUUUAUGUUUUGUAAAUGAUCGCUUUUAGAUGUUUUGGUUUCUCUUUUUUGUUUUUAAAAUUGACCAGAGCUAAAGCAUUAUUAUGGAGCUCAAGAAAAAAAUAUUUAAAUCUAAACAUUUGUUAUGCAAUGAAUAUUCUAACUUUUAUUUGGUUUAUAUGAUAUACCCAAGGCUAACAGUUGUGGAAAUGGCUUGAAUUUUUUUCCAAGUAUUUGGGUGUAUUAGUCAAAUGUUUGUGCAUGCUGUGCAAGAGUUUUGCCCCUUUUUAAAUAUAAACACUGUUGGUGUAAUCGAUGUCAGCCCACGCACACGUGCAGCUUCAAUGGUUGUCAAUGAUUCAGGUCUAAAUCAUUGUGUUCUUGUUCUAUGCCUGUUAACGGUUUCACACUGGUAAAGAAAAAAAUUAUACCUCAGAUCCCGUUUGGUGAUGUUAAUAAAUUUGGAGGAACCAA